GGAGGUGGAAGCUGAGGCCUGGAGCCGGCAGCAGUGGGAUCGACCAGGGUUUUAAUCAGUAUUCUGAAUUAGUUAAUUAGUCACCAUUAAUAUGGGGUUUAAUUCGAAUAUAUUAGUUUCCUGUUGAUGACGCCUAGCAUCUGGAAGAACAGUUUCUGCUGCAGUUCUUGAAGAAUGAAUAUCAACCGAUUCACACCUUUUGGGUACUCUGCUAGGCUGAAUACACAGAAUUUAAGAGGGCACCACAUGCUUACUCAUCAUCUCCAGAGCUUUGGCAGGAGUUGCAUUGUCCGCUCAGAGAUCCCGCAUUGGUUCCAUAGGACCUCGUUCUUUCCUUGUCCUCGGUGGCCAUCCAAUUUUGCUCCUGAAACUUUAAGUCUGCAUGGUUUUGGAAAUUACUUCCCAUUCCACUGGAGACCACCUUUUCAUUGGAGACCAUUUUGUCAUAGUAACCCACUGGUCACCUUUCACAGUGAUUCAUGGACAGGAGGCAGAUCUUUACACCAAGGCUUGAGUUGUUACUCAAUAAAUCAAUCACCUGGUUGUUCCAUGGAGCUAGUUGACAGUCAGCCACAAGCUAAACGAAGAAAGUAUUCCCAACCAAAUCAGGAAGAACGGAGCCCUACAGAAUCAGAAAAUGGAAGUCGUGCAACUAACAAAAAUACUGGCUGUGUUACUUUUCCUGGAAAUGAAACGGAAAAUUCAUGUGUCUCCAACGUGAUUGAAGAUCAAGAAACUCAAUGCACAAAAGUAGGGGCAGUGCAUAGGAAAUGGGAGGAUUUUACUUCAUUAUACAACAGCGACCAAGGUACUAGUGAAUCAAAAGAGACUUCGAAUGGAAAACAGAAGGAAGGUUUUGAUUUUUCAGUGAUGUCGUACAAUAUUCUGGCGCAGGAUUUGUUGGAAGACAAUAGUCAUUUGUAUAAACAUUGCAGUCAGUCUUUGUUGCAAUGGGGAUUCCGAUUUCCCAACAUCCUUAAGGAACUGAAACAGUUGGAUGCAGAUAUCUUAUGUUUACAAGAAGUUCAGAACAACCACUACAGGCAACAGUUGAAGCCAGUACUGGAAUCACUGGGUUAUCAUUGUGAAUACAAAAUGCGAACAGGAAACAAGAGGGACGGCUGUGCUAUUUGCUUUAAAAGAUCAAAGUUUUUGCUUGUCUCGGCUAGUCCAGUAGAAUUCUAUCGCCCUAAGAUUCAAGUACUAGACAGAGACAAUGUAGGACUGGUACUACUGCUGCAACCAGUUCUUCCACAAUCUGCUGCCCUUCUGUGUGUGGCAAACACUCAUCUGUUGUAUAAUCCACGACGGGGAGACAUCAAGCUGGCGCAGCUUGCAGUACUCUUAGCUGAAAUUAACAAAUUGGCAGCUGAUGGGAAAGGUGGAUAUUGGCCGAUAAUCCUGUGUGGAGACUUUAACGCCGUGCCUGAUUCUCCAUUAUACAACUUCAUUAGGAAUGGGAAACUGGUUUAUGAUGGACUUCCAAUUGGAAAGGUAUCAGGUCAGGAGCAAAGCCACAGGGGGCAGAGAGCUUUGACAAAGCCACUUUGGCCCCCCAGUCUUGGAAUUUCGCCAGCCUGUCAAUAUGAAACAUUGAAAUGUCAACAAAUGCUAAAAGACACAGAAAAUCCUUUAGAUGCUGUGGACAGUUCAGAAGAGUUAAAGGAUGCCACAAGUUGGAAGAAUUUUCAUUUAAAUGAAAAGACUCCCUCCGCCAUCCAACACAACUUCCGGCUAAUGUCUGUGUACUCCCAUUAUGUAACAGACAGUGGUAAAGCUGAAGUCACCACCUGUCAUUCCAGAUCUGCUGUCACUGUGGAUUAUAUUUUUUAUUCAGCAACAAAACACAAUGCCUCUGCAAACUCAGGAGGAGGAUCCCAUGACGGUUCCUUGCAACUUCUUGGAAAACUCGCUCUGCUUACUGAACAAGAUCUAUGGACUGUAAAUAGAUUGCCCAAUGAAAACAGCUCAUCUGAUCACCUCCCUUUGUUAGCAAAAUUUAAACUUUGACAUGAUAAAAGCUGCCUGAUGAUUUCUUCCUUCUGCACCUACUCAGUAUCUGAUCCAAAAUUAUACAUUGUGGGGUAAAGAAAAUUGUGUAUCAUUUUUCACUUUUGAUAAAUUUCUGUCUGAAAACUGGAAAUAA